AUGCAGGAGCUGAUGCCCGCCGCAUUCGGCACCGCGGUCCUCGUCGACUCCCUGCUCACCACGACGCUCGUUCUCGCCCUGCGCCAAAGCAGAACCGUGUUCAAGAGGACCGACUCGUUGAUCACCCUGCUCGUCAUGAUCAUGUACGCAGUCAACACCGGGCUUCUGACGGGGAUCUUCAGCUUCCUCUCCCUCAUAUUCGCUCUCGUCCUCCCGACCAACCUGAUCUACUUCGCCCUCACCGUCCUCACCGCGACCACCUUCUGA